UAGACAUGUUUAUAAGCACACUACCACAAUCUAAGCAACGAAAUGUCGGAAUGUUUCCGAAUCACAAUUUGUGUUUUGAUGCUGAUUUUAUUUCUCUAUAGCUGUGGCGGGACAUGCGAGUUUUGUAGUUAUACUAACCAAACCACUUCUCACUCCAUGUGUUCUGAAACGUGUGGUGGUGGGGAGAGGUACUACUUUCAGUAUGUUUGCUGUGCAAAUUUUACAAAACAGGAGUGCGAAAGGAAGUGUAAUAUUAGCUUGACUUUGACAAAGUCGGUGCAAAUUUUUGAGAGCUGUAAUAAGAAUUGCUCAAAAGGAGGAACAUAUAAUGAUACAACAGAAAGAUGUGACUGUCCCGAGGGAACAGGAGGAAGAUGUUGUAACCAAUACCCUCCAAAGGUAAAGAGGCUAUAUCAGCAAGACAUCAUAGAAGGAAGAAACUUAUCAGUCACUUGUCAGGCCACCCCUGGGAAUCCUAACUCUACCACAUUCUAUUGGACCAAGGUAGACAACCCAGGAUUCAGCCAGAAAGGAUCCAUUCUACAGAUACUCAACGUUUACAGGAACAGUUCUGGUACCUACACAUGUACAGCAGAAAACAGCUACAAUAAUGGAGAGUGGGGAACAAAUAGUCAACCAUUAGACGUCAAUGUUCAAUUCCCUCCAAAGGUAAAGAGGCUAUCUCAGCAAGACAUUAUAGAAGGAAGAAACUUAUCAGUCACUUGUCAGGCCACCCCUGGGAAUCCUAACUCUACCACAUUCUAUUGGACCAAGGUAGACAACCCAGGAUUCAGCCAGAAAGGAUCCAUUCUACAGAUACUUAACAUACAGAGGAACAGUUCUGGUACCUACACAUGUACAGCAGAAAACAGCUACAAUAAUGGAGAGUGGGGAACACAUAGUCAACCAUUAGACGUCAAUGUUCAAUAUGCUAAUAGAUCCAUUGGAAAAAAGAGUGCAUAUUUAACCGUUGGUCUUCCACUGGGACUGGUUCUACUCUUGGCAAUUGUUGUCGUCAUCGUAUAUGGUUGGUGUAUGAACAGGAAAAGGAACCUGAAGGUGAACAUAACUAACACUAGGUCUGGAGAAGAAGUACACGGAUACAGCAAUAUAUAACAGGCCGCAACAGGCAGCUAUGGAAAAACUUUGUAAGAAUGGCCAAAUUUUUGUUAGUUUGGCUGUAGCGAGAGACUGGACAUAUUUAUCUUUUAAAUUAACAUUGUUGUUCGUUAGUUUCAGGGAAACCAAGUUUAAAUUUUAUGUAAAAUGUAUAAUCAUACAAUAAGUUAAUAGUCAACUCAUGAGAGUAUUGCUUUUUAACGACAUCAAUUAAAAAAGUCUUUUAUUGCUAUAUUUUAAUAAAGCAAAUAUUACAUGUAUAAUAAUUAUCAUACCAACCCCAGAAUGUCACAAGUGUUCUUACAUAAAAUCAAUAAAGAGUAGCAUUAAUGAUCGAAUAAAUUCAUCUUUAAUCUUUUAAGUAAUAUAAUUUUAAAACAUUCCAUUCAUAAGAUAGGCGUAUUAAAUAUCGAACAAAAUCUGCAUACC